AUUUGUUUGUUGUGUGGAGAAUAGUUCGAGAAAAGGUGUCCGAAUAAUUUCAGUGGACGACCGUGCGUCGCGGGAAUCGCCGAAAGAGAUAUACGAUUAAUAAUUUCGUUUGCCAUGCAGCGAUAUAUUAAAGAUGCUAAUGCGUGGCCAACUAUACCGUGCAUUUAUUGUUUGCUGUACCAUCAUGUGUUCCCUAUCAUAUGCAAACGCCUGAAUGUAGCAUUGUAAACGAAUCGCGAGUGGGAGAAAUAGCUGGGUAAUGUCUGGUUUCCAGUGAAUUAGUCCGAGUUUGUUAGUAAAGCAGUGAUGAUGGAACUUAAAACGUUUUUAAGAAGGAAAGAUCAUGCCUUCGGAAUUCUUGUUUAUCUCGUGCACAUAUUGCACUUGACCUCGUCCACCAUAUUGGACAGUUGCCCGAAGUUGAGCAACGAUCAUUCUAUGACACAAAUGGAGCUUAUACAAGAGCUGACGAACACUUGCCGUUACGAUAAAAUGGCCAGGCCGCGCGGUGAAAUUAAUGCCACGGACCCGGUUAAAGUCUACGUCAGAGCUUACAUCUAUACGAUCAAGUCGAACAUGGCUAAAACAUUGCAAUUUGACGUUCACAUGAUACUGCAAUACAGAUACUUGGACAAUAGGUUAAAAUUCGCAGAUAUUGCUCCUCACUUGAACCAAAUAUACGGCGGGCACCACGUGCACGAUUUGAUAUGGACUCCAGCCGUCUAUGUUUCCAACGAACGAAGUUCAGCCCUGGUAGGGAACAACGUUAAAGAUCUACUCGUUUCUGUAGAUCCAAUGGGAGUCGUUACUUUAAACACCAGGUUACAAGUUACACUGAAUUGUGGUCUCAGGUUGGAAAAAUUUCCGUUCGAUGUCCAGGAAUGUCCGCUGAUCUUCGAAAGCUGGACGUACAACGUGAAGGACAUGAUGCUGAUUUGGGAUCAGGAUCCGAUAAUACUAGCGGACGAGUUACAUUUGACCGAAUACAAACUUGUCGACAAGUGGGUGAAUAUGUCGGAAGUGCUCUACACCACUGCGCAACAGCAUUACGGUCAUUUUGCUGGCAACUUUAGCACGAUUAAUAUCACGUUCAAGCUCGCGCGUGAAAUGGGUUUCUUUAUGAUGGACUAUUACAUACCAUCCAUAUUGAUAGUCGUGAUUUCUUGGGUAUCCUUUUGGUUGCACAUGGAUGCGAGUCCGCCACGAAUAGUUUUAGGAACAAACACCAUUUUGACGUUUAUGACACUGGCGUCGAAACUAGAAAAUUCGUUGCCGAAGGUCUCCUACAUAAAAGCCAGUGAAGUAUGGUUUCUGGGAUGCACGAUAUUUUUGUUCGCAGCAAUGGUCGAAUUCGCAUUCGUCAAUACGAUCUACAGACGGAAGAAAAAUGUGCCGCUGAAGAAGGUGAACAGCAAAUAUAUUCUGAAGUCAACGUUGACCCCGAAAUUGGCACGCAAACAGUUCCAAAAGAACACAACUGGACUGGAACGAUCACGAUCAUGGUCGUCGCUCGACAACGCUACCAGCACCACCGAUCAAGAUUACACGAGCCAAAAUUACCUCACUGUACACAGUUUCCCGAGUACGCUGAACAUACCGUCUGUGAAGAUCGACGAAGACAAGGAUCAAGAAUGCACCGUCGGGAGCAUCGUGACCGUGAACAAUACCUCGCCACCGAAACCUUUUUCGAGAAGGGCAACUCUGGCCCAGUUGCAUAACUUCACGACGAUGACCCCGCAAGAAAUUGCUCAAUGGAUCGACAGACGUAGCAGAAUUGUAUUCCCAGUUGCUUUUAUUAUAUUCAAUAUUUUUUACUGGUCCUUUAUCUGGAUAUAAGUAUUAACGUAAACGCGACUAUUAUUGUCGUUUACCGCGUGCUUUCUGCAUUAUCAGCAGAAAGUAUGAACCUCUCUUGCCUUCAAACAUAGUCAAGCAUUUGUCAAAAAUCACUAUCACGUCUCGUAGAUAUCAUGAGAGUUUUCCUCUGCUUGUAGAGUAUUAUAUAAAUUGUAACAAUACUCCCUCAUAGUACUAACGUGCCACUUUGAAAAUAAAAAGCCAUGGAAUGCAAUUGUAAA